UGUCAUUUGGAGCCGAUUUGGAGUAACGCGAGGCAAAGAGUGGUAGAGACACACGACAGUCGGGAUGAUACUUGUUAAGCUUCAACUUUUUAUGUUUUAAGACUCGAAUAACUUCUUCACGUAUUUUAAAUAUAAAUGUGGUUAACGUCAAACAGUAUUUUAAAUGCCUAAUGAAGACAACUUCGUUCAGGGAAGCUAAGUUACGUUGCUGUAGAUGUAGCUCACUAAACAAGCUGAAGCCGUUACACCAAAAUUAAAAUACGUUUUUAUUUGAAAGUUGUAUUGGAGACUUUAUUUUAUCCAUGCAUUUAAACUGUAUUUAGCGCCUGUGCUUUACAUGCACAUGCUGUCUGAGGAGAAAUUUAACGUUAACGUUACUUUGUUAGUUUGAAGUUAUUAGAUAAUCUAGUUUUGUCUAGGUCGGUAAUGUCAGCAUCACCUGUGAACUCAUCCCGGGUCAGACGCAACAAUGACGGGUCCCCCAUCAACACCUCCUCUUCCUCCUCCUCCUCCCCAGCAGCAGCAGCAUCAUCAUCAUCCUCCGCCGGUAACGGCAGUGGCAACACGAGCCGGUUGCAGCCCAUUCGCGCCACGGUGCCCUACCAGCUCCUGCGUGGAAAUCAGCAGCACAGUCCGACCCGCCCUCCCGCUCCCUCCUCCAUCUCAGUCGGGAGUAAUACAGAACCGACAGCAUCAGCCCAGCACUGCGGCUCCAGUCCUGGCAGCCCGACGCUCGCCAGUCCGGCAGGAAGCGGCUCGCUGGACGGUCGGCUGAUCCCGCGGCAGAGGCGAUCUCCACCGGAGCACAGGAGCUCGCCCGAGUGCUGUCCUCAUUCACCUGUGCUUAGAGUUGAGAGGUCAAAGUCACAACAGGUGUGGAGCACAGGUGCUAUCAGACGGACUUCCUCUCUGGGUGCUAUCACCGGGCCCUACCUGAUAGGGCAGUGGCCUCGCGAAUCCCACCUGCACAACCUCCCAUGCAUGAAAGACAAGUCAACGCAGACUCCUGGAUGUUGGAGUGACGAAAUCAGAAAGCAAAGAAGCACACACCAGCGCUCUGCAUCCUGGGGCAGCGCCGACCAGCUUAAAGAGAUUGCUAAGCUCAAGCUCCAUCUGCAGCGCAGUAAACAGGGCGGAGGCCGGCAGUGUAAGGACAGUAAAGAGCGUCUGUCCCCUCUCUACAGCUGUACCACCACCAUCACUGCCUCUAACAUCAGCACAGCCAACCAGGCACCGCCAUCCAUGUCGAAGUCAGCACAGAUGCCACUGUCCAAUAUCACAGUGCCAAAGCCCUCCAUCUCCAGAGUUCCCAGCAGCAUGGAGGGCAUCAACCAUGAGCUGGAGAAGGUCUUCAUCAAAGACAAUGGAGAAAAAGAGGAACUGAAGGCACUGGAGGUUCCUGAUGGGCGAAGGGCUCCAUUUCCCCCACAGCGUAGCAGCAGCAGUCGCGGUGUGGACGGGCAGACGCCAUCUGCACCCGGACGCUCCAGUAGCUGCUCCAGCCUGUCGCCGUGCCCCUCGCCGGCGUGCCCACCCCGAUCGCAUGACGGCAGCCCAUACUCCACCGAUGAGAUGCUGGACGACAGAGACAAAGAUAGCGGCAGCAGUUCACCUCUGCCCAAGUUUGCAUCAUCUCCAAAACCCAACAACAGCUACAUGUUUAAACGAGAACCACCAGAGGGCUGUGAGAAGAUCAAAGUGUUUGAGGAAAUGACGUCCAGACAAUCAGCCACCGUCCCCCUCUUCUCCUGCCCUGACAAAAACAAAGUCAAUUUCAUCCCCACCGGUUCUGCGUUCUGCCCGGUCAAGCUCCCCGGAUCCCUGCUCCAGCAUUCCAGCUCCCAGCAGGAGGACGAGGAGAGACAGGACCCACAGGCGGGCCCAAGCUCAUCAUGCCCUCUCGCCCCUCACCAUCACCACAUGCCCACUCAGGUCUCCACCAGCACGAGCACAGACGACCCUCCCGAAUCACUCGCCAUUUCACCAUCCCAACAGCAGGAGGCGCCCACGCAAUCACCUUCCCAGCCUCAAAACUUUGAAGUCAGUUAAGCGCGCAGAGCUGGUCUCUGCCGCUACCCCGCCACUGCGCCUCCCCAUCACAGGCUGUGUAGAGGACCGUUACCCCGUCCCUCCUCUCUCUCUCUUCUCUCUUUGAUGGACCCCACCUUUGUGCUGAAUCUUUCCUAUCUGCAUGGCAUUGCAACUGUGACCCGAACAAGAAAUCGCCAAUGUGUUCAGAGCGAGUGCUGGUGGAUUACGCAGAAGGAUUCGAGUAUGUGGCAAUGCCACACUUUGUGAUUCGGCAGGAAAUGCAUCAGCAGUGCCCGAUGCAUUGAUGCAUUGUGGAAAAAGCUCCACAGACUUUAGUAUAUGCAAAUUAAAAAUCAAAAUGGCUUCACUGUUAUCUUAAACGAAACAAAGAUUUGAUCGAGCUGCAAGAGUCUCAUAACGAAUUCUUAUUUAUUAAAUUUGCCUAUUAGUAAGUUCGAUCACAUUCCAGAUAUUCACCUUUUGCUUUUCUAGUGUCAUAAAUAUAUACAGAUGUGAAUGCGUUUGCUGGUACAUUUUAAUUUCGACAUCGAGCAACUCGCACAGCUGUUUUCAAACGCAGCUUUGCUUUCGUGUGUGCUUAAAAUUUAAGCAAAGUGGCUUUUGUACGAGCACUAUAAUCGGAGGCGUUUUCUUGAUUUAUGAGGAAAAACUGAUUCAAGGUCUUUCUAGCGUCAGGGCAUGCAUUUGAAGUUGAUAGUAUGGUUAACAUUACAUGUUUCGUGUUCUCUUUCAACAUCCACAGUAUGAAUAAGCUCUCUCUCUCUAUCAAUAUAAAUAUAUAUAUAUAUAUAUCUAUAUAUGAAAAAUCUAUAUAUAAAGAAAAAAAGCUUGUUUGAAUUUAAAGCCGUGUAUUGCUGUGUUCUGUACAUUUAGAAGAUGAGCUGUUCUCCACAGGUUUAUGUUUAUACUCUAUCCAGGUGUCCGGCCUUUUAAGAAAAUCACAGAAAGAGUACGCAAUUUUUCUUUUUACAUUUAUUGCCCACUUUUGGCCUCGUUUCAGGUGCAUCGCUUGAUGUUUAAACUCAGGUAAUUCAGAAUGUACAUCCCCACAUUCAUAUUUGGCUCGGCAUCUUUCAAUGCUCAUUCAAUCAUUUCUUGCAUUUCACAAUGGGAUCCACCUGCGGUUUCCCACCUCCCAAUCUGCUGAUGUUUUACAUUUGGUGACAUUCUGUAUUGGGUGGUCCUGUUUCUGUCAG